AUGGUGCAUCUGAGUCAGUCAGGCAGGAAGUUCAUCAGCUGCCUCAUUCUCAGGCUCCGCCUCCUCUACCUGGACCGGGUCAUCAUGAUGGGCUGGGGUCAGAGGGUCCAGAACGCUGCUGCUGGAGUUCUGACUAGAACCAGGAGGAUAGAGACACCAUCUGGUUCUGCACCAUCUAGUUCUACAUCACCCAGUUCUACAUCAUCUAGUUCUACACCAUCUAGUUCUGCAUCAUCUAGUUCCACAUCAUCUAGUUCUAUAUCACCCAGUUCUACAUCAUCUAGUUCUACACCAUCUAGUUCCACAUCAUCUAGUUCUACACCACCCAGUUCCACAUCAUCUAGUUCUACACCAUUUAGUUCUGCAUCAUCUAGUUCUACAUCAUCUAGUUCUACACCAUCUAGUUCUACAUCAUCUAGUUCUACACCAUCUAGUUCUGCAUCAUCUAGUUCUACAUCAUCUAGUUCUACACCAUCUAGUUCUGCAUCAUCUAGUUCUACACCAUCUAGUUCUGCAUCAUCUAGUUCUACAUCAUCUAGUUCUACACCAUCUAGUUCUGCAUCAUCUAGUUCUACACCAUCUAGUUCUGCAUCAUCUAGUUCUACACCACCCAGUUCUACACCACCCGGUUCUACAUCACCCAGUUCUACAUCAUCUAGUUCUGCAUCAUCUAGUUCUACAUCAUCUAGUUCUACACCACCCAGUUCCACAUCAUCUAGUUCUACACCAUUUAGUUCUGCAUCAUCUAGUUCUACACCAUCCAGUUCUACAUCAUCUAGUUCUGCAUCAUCUAGUUCUGCAUCAUCUAGUUCUACACCAUCCAGUUCCACAUCAUCUAGUUCUACAUCACCCAGUUCUACACCACCCGGUUCUACAUCACCCAGUUCUACACCACCCAGUUCCACAUCAUCUAGUUCUACACCACCCGGUUCUACAUCAUCUAGUUCUGCAUCAUCUAGUUCUACACCAUCUAGUUCUGCAUCAUCUAGUUCCACAUCAUCUAGUUCUAUAUCACCCAGUUCUACAUCAUCUAGUUCUGCAUCAUCUAGUUCUACACCAUCUAGUUCUGCAUCAUCUAGUUCUACAUCAUCUAGUUCUACACCAUCUAGUUCUGCAUCAUCUAGUUCUACACCAUCUAGUUCUGCAUCAUCUAGUUCUACAUCAUCUAGUUCUACACCACCCAGUUCUACACCACCCGGUUCUACAUCACCCAGUUCUACAUCAUCUAGUUCUGCAUCAUCUAGUUCUACACCAUCUAGUUCUGCAUCAUCUAGUUCUACACCAUCCAGUUCCACAUCAUCUAGUUCUGCAUCAUCUAGUUCUACAUCAUCUAGUUCUACACCACCCAGUUCCACAUCAUCUAGUUCUACACCAUCUAGUUCUGCAUCAUCUAGUUCUACACCAUCCAGUUCCACAUCAUCUAGUUCUACAUCACCCAGUUCUACACCACCCGGUUCUACAUCACCCAGUUCUACACCACCCGGUUCUACAGUCCUUCAUUGGUACCAACUCCUCCUGCACCUCCUGCUGUCCCUUUAUCUCCUCCUGUCCUCUUCCUCCUCUUUAAUCCUCCUCAUCCUCACUUUGUGGCUCUAA